UGUACAAUUUUUGUAUCUUUUAGCCCAAACUCUACCACUCCUCUCACACCCUCGAGAAAAACCGUUCUUCGUGAUAUAUAACGCCGAUAGAAAUCCCAAAUCCACUUUUUUAAUACCAUAAAACGAUUUCAUAUGCAUACAUACAUAUUCAUGCAUAUUUAGCCUAUUUUAUGUAUGUAUCAGCAGCUAUAGUUAUUUUUCUUUCUUUAUUCCUGUAAAACAUAUUACUGAAAAAGAAAAAUUAAACUAGGGUUAGGGUUUUGCUGUUUUAAUCCCCCCUUUCAUGGCGGAAGAGGAAGAAUCUAUUUCCAAUGUGAAUAACCGUAUCAUGGUCGGCCAGCAAAAAACCGAAAUCGUCGCCAGAUUGGCUGCCACGUCACCGUCACCGGUUGUUGAGAUGAGUACGGCUUUGCCGGCACCGGAGGUGGGCCCACCCGUGGAAGAAUUGGAGGUUGCCGUUGACAGCUCACAGCUUGCUGAUGUUGAGUUGGGCCCACCGACGGGAGAAUCGGUGGUUGGUGCGAGUUCUGAGCAGGGUAAAGGUGGUGCCGAAGAAGAUGAGGCAGUUACUGAGACGGAAAAUGUAACGGCGUUAGAGAAAGAUGAGUUGACAGAAGCAGUGAACGCCGCGAAGGGCGAAGUGGACAGUUGUAUGCCAGGUGGUGCUGGUGAUGAGAAAGAGGCAAAUGUAACGGAGUUAGAGAAAGAUGUUGUGGCAGAGGCGGUGAAUGCCACGACGGGCGAAGCAGAAAGUGGCACGCCAGGUGGUGCUGGGGAUGAGGACGAGGCGAAUGUAACGGCUUUGGAGAAUGAUGAGGUGACAGAGGUAGUGAAUGACACAAAGGGCGAAAAAAUAGACAGUUGUAUGGCAGGUAGUGCUGGUGAUGAGAAAGAGGCAAAUGUAUCAGCGUUAGAGAAAGAUGAGGUGACAAAGGUAGUAAAUGCCACGAAGAGCGAAACAGAGAGUUGUAUGCGAGAUGGUGCUGGUGAUGAGAAAGUGGUUCUGAAUACAAAUGAAUCUGAGAAUGAUGAAAUUGUGGCUAGAAAUGAUAAUAAGGUUGGCGCAGAGAAUGCUGAAACUGGGGCAGAGGUAAAUGUUUCAACUGCUGAAGGUAGUGUAGAAUUAGGGGAAAAUGGGGAAAUGGAGACAGCUAAGGCCGAGGAAGUGGGAAUUACUCCUGUUGUGUUAGACGGUUCAGGAGGGGUCACUCUAGAAAAGGAAGAUAAGGCAAUGGGUACUGAAGAUAAAACUGCUAAUGCAGAGGAAGAUGACGAGAUGGUGUCACAUGUAGAUAUUUCAGCCGUUGAAGCUAGAGUAGAAUCGAAGAAAGAUGUCGAAAUGGAUACAAUGAAGCAUGACGAAGUGAAAUCUGUUCCUCCAGAUGAGGAGGACAAAGGAACGGGUGCUGAGGAUGAGGCUGCUAAUGGGGAGAAAGUGGUUGUGACUCAAAACGAGGAAGAUGCUGAAAUGGCGACACAGGUAGAUAUUUCAGCUGUUGAAGCUAGUAUAGAGAAGAAAGACGUCGAAAUGGAUACAAUGAAGCACGAGCAAGUGGAAUCUGUUCCUCUAGAUGAGGACGAGAAGCGGACAGGUGCUCAGGGCGAGGCUGCUAAUGGGGAGAAAAUGGUUGAGACUCAAAACAAGGAAGGUGAUGAAAUGGCGACACGGGUAGAUACUUCAGCUGUUGAAGCUAGAAUGGAGUCGGAGAAAGAUGUCGAAAUGGAUACGAUGAAGCAUGAAGAAGAGGAACCUGUUCCUCUAGACGAGGACGACGAACGGACGGGUGCUGAAGAUGAGGCUACUAAUGCGACUACAACUGAAAUAGAGACUGAAACUGAAAUGACUGAAUCAGGAAAAUCCUCUGGAGGAAAGAGGAAGAGGAAGAUUACUAGGAGUACUGGGAAGUCCAAAUCUGGAGGAAGAUCUUCAAGUAGGAGGAAGACUAUAGGAGAGGAUGUUUGCUUCAUUUGCUUUGAUGGAGGGAAUUUGGUGCUAUGUGACCGUAGGGGUUGUACCAAAGCAUAUCAUCCUUCAUGUAUUGAUAGGGAUGAGGAUUUUUUUCGUGCCAAGGGUCGAUGGAAUUGUGGCUGGCAUCAGUGUACUAUUUGUCGGAAGAAUGCUUGCUAUUUGUGCUACACAUGUACAUUUUCAUUAUGCAAGGGGUGCAUCAAAGACGAUGUCAUCCUAUGUGUAAGAGGAAACAAGGGUUUUUGCAAGAAUUGCAUGAAAACUGUCAAGCUAAUAGAAGGCCUUGGCAAAGAAGACAAUGAUGGUCCAAUAGAUUUUGAUGACAAGAGUAGCUUUGAGUAUCUGUUCAAGGAUUACUUAAUGGAUUUAAAAGCAAAGCUAUCUUUAUCUUCAGAUGAAAUUGCUGAUGCCAAAUGUCCUAGGAAGGGAGCUGAUGUGUCAGCUUCUAAACAAGAACUGUCUGAGGCACAACUUGACAAUAAUGGUGGUGGAGGUUCUGGUUCAGAUGCUUCCAUUGAGACAUUGGAAGCCAGUAAAACCAAAAAAAGAAAGCUAAGAAAACGUUCGAAAUCUCUCAAAAAUGAAGAGGACCCCACAACUACGGCUGUUACUAUUAGUGAAGGCUUCUCCACAGCUGGCACCACUGAGUGGGCAUCAAAAGAGUUGCUUGAAUUUGUUAAGCACAUGAAAAGUGGUGACACUUCUGUUCUUUCUCAAUUUGAUGUGCAAGCUCUGUUGCUCGAAUAUAUCAAAACAAACAAACUGCGUGAUCCUCGUCGUAAGAGUCAAAUUAUAUGUGAUUCAAGACUUGAAAGGCUAUUUGGAAAAACACGUGUUGGGCACUUUGAGAUGUUAAAAUUACUUGAGUCUCAUUUUCUUGUGAAAGAGGAUUCACAGACUGAUGAUGUUCAAGGUAGUGUAGUUGAUACAGAAUUUAAUCAGUUUGAAGCUGAUGGAAAUGCUGACACUCCUACAAAGGGAGUCAAAGACAGGAAACGUAAGCGUAAGAAAGGUGAAAAUCGGGGACCUCAGUCAAAUCUUGAUGAGUAUGCGGCUGUUGAUGUGCAUAACAUCAGCUUAAUUUACCUACGUCGGAAGUUGGUGGAGGACCUUCUCGAAGAGAAUGACAGAUUCCAUGAUAAAGUUGUUGGAACCUUUUUGAGAAUACGAAUUUCGGGUAACGUUCAGAAGCAAGACCUUUAUAGGCUGGUGCAAGUUGUAGGUACAAGCAAAGCUGCUGAACCUUACAAACUUGGUAAGAGGACAACUGAUAUUGCACUGGAGAUCUUAAAUCUGAACAAGACAGAGGUUUUAUCAAUUGAUACGAUCUCAAAUCAAGAUUUCACAGAGGAAGAAUGCAAGCGUCUGCGCCAGAGUAUAAGAUGUGGACUCAUUAAUAGACCAACAGUGGGUGACAUUCUUGACAAGGCCAUGGAAAUACAUGCAGCGAGAGUUAAUGAUUGGCUGGAAUCAGAGAUACUCCGUCUCAGUCAUCUUCGCGAUCGAGCAAGUGAGAAAGGGCACAAGAAGGAACUUAGAGAAUGUGUAGAGAAACUACAGCUCUUGAAGACUCCUGAUGAGCGUCACCGUAGACUUGAGGAAGUUCCAGAAAUACAUGCGGAUCCAAAAAUGGACCCAAGCUAUGAGUCUGAGGACAGUGAAAGUAAUGAUAGACGAGAUGCUUAUAUGAAGUCUAGAGAUUCAAGUUUCAACCGAAGAGGACGUGGGCCAAUUUCUCCGAGAAGCAACUUCCCUACAAAAGAUGCUUGGGGGGCUGCAGGAAGAUCUUCUUCAAAGAACUUUGAACUAAACAGGAGUUCCUAUGGUAAAAACGUUUUGAGCAGAAGUGAAGAUGGUGCUCAUUCGGGAGGGGGGCUGAAUGAAGAUACAUGGAUUGAAGGAAGAGGGAGGGAGACAGAAUCAAUGAAUCCAGAUAAGCAGACUUCUGCUGCUAUUUCAGAGCCAAUGGGACAGAAUAGCCAAUUUUUGUCAAGAACGGAGUCAUUUUCUGGUGCAUCAUCGGUAUCGUCUCCAGCUACACUCCAGAAUAAGGUUGCAGAAACAUCCAUCAAGAUCAAUGAAGCUGAAAAAAUGUGGCAUUACAAGGACCCUUCCGGUAAAAUACAGGGACCAUUUUCUAUGGUCCAGUUGCGUAAAUGGAGCAAUACAGGAUACUUCCCUGCUGAUCUGAAAAUAUGGAGAUCUUUGGAUAGACAAGAGGAAUCUAUUCUUUUGACUGAUGCAUUGGCAGGGAGGUUUGAGAAAGUGCCAUCAGCAGUUGAGAAUAUACUUCCAGCAACUGUUCUGCAAAAUCAAAAUGGAGAGAGGCCUCAAGUCGACCAGAAUGUUGGGUCUCAGAAUUCUCGUUGUUUGGUUCCCUCUGGAGGUGGAAUGAGUUCUUCUGGCGAUGUUUCUGCUCUUUCUACAGACAGGUGGAGUAACGACAAUUCUGUGAAUCUCCCAUCUCCUACUCCAAAGCAGAAUACUGCCGCUUGGGUCAGAGGAGAUGGGCCUUCUGUUACUGUUGCAAAUUCGUAUUCUAGUGGCAACAGAGUUGUCCAAUCCCCUCCAGCUCUGCCAGAUGAUGGGGUUAAUACUUCUGCUUCUGUUCAAAAUUUUGGUGGGCAUUCAGUCAGGGAAUCGGAAAGUAAUUAUGUGAAUUCUGGUAGUGAUUUUGGCCCAGUGCCUACUUCUGAACAGGUAAUUGCUGCAGAGUCUGGGUAUUCUUUGCAAAAUGCUCAAUCAUUUGCAGCUAGUGGACAACAGACAGCACUGAUGAAUUGCCAACUUGGUGCACAGCAUGCAGCUCUCCAGUCUGAAUCUCUUAAUAUGCAGAACCCUUGUGUGGAUGUUAAUACAUGGGUUGCAGCGGCACCUUCUAAGGGAGAGCCAAACGUUUCUGCUCUGGCACCGGGUCAGCCCCAGGGAUACGGUAAUUGGGGUACAUCCUCAUCUGUUCAGAAUAUUGCUGGAAAUUUUGUAAAUGCAGGUGCCUCAGUUUUGCCUCAACCUGAUUAUUGGAGCGCGCCAGCUCAAGGCAGCCAACAGAUCAUACAGCCUACAACUGUGCCUAGUGUUCCAUGGGGUGCUGGUUUGCAAGAUAAUGUGAGUUCAGCUUCAGCAUUGAGACCUGAAAAUAACACUGGCUGGGGUAUGAUGCCUGGAAAUCCAAAUGUGGGCUGGGGUGGAGCUGUACCAGCCAUCAUGAAUGUUAACUGGGGAGCGACUGUUCAAGCAAUGCCUCCAGGGAAUGUAAAUCCUGGUUGGGUUCCUACUGGGCCACUUCCUGGGAAUUCGAAUCCUGGAUGGGUUGCACAAUCUGGGAAUGCCAAUCCAGGUUGGGUCGCUCCAACUGGGAGCGUGGGGUCAACUAUUCAAGGGCCUACAUCUGGUAAUGGGUGGGGUGUGGGAACUGGAAAUCCUGGAGCACUUAUCCAAGGACCACCUCAAGGAGAUUCAAAUCAAGGUAAGGGUGCACCUACUGGGAGUCGGGGGACAAGAGAUAAUGAUCACCAUCAAGAUGGGAGAUACUCUGGUCAGAGGGACAAGGGUUCUCAUGGUAGUAAUUCUGGUUACAUUAAUAGGAACUGGGAUAGGCAAUCAUCAUUUGGGAGUAGAGGGCCAUCUAGAGGUGGGAAAAGGAAUGUACCCUGCCCGUAUAAUGCAAAUAAUAGAUGCAUAAAGGGUUCUAGAUGCAAUUAUCUUCAUAGCUGAUCAGAAGGAGCCAGUAGUGGUAGGAGUAAAGUGAUUUUGUACAGUGAUUUCGUCUUAGUUCCUUAGUAUAUAGGUCAUUUUGGUGUUCUAUAAUUGUAAACUUGUGCAGAUUAGUAGCUCCGGUCUCCUCUGAUCUGAUGCAAUUUUCCCAGUUAGCUUGAUUCAUCUUGCUUUUAUGUUAUCAGCUUCUAAAUAAAGCCACAGGUGAGCAUUACGGCCAAA